UCGAGUCUAGAUUGUACAGAUAAACUUCAUGAAAACAUCAACAUUAGAAUUCUAUUUACAUUUUUACCUGCAUUGAAUAUAAUAUUAAGGCGUAGAUCUCUAUUGUAAAAGAUAACGAUGAGCAAAAAAUUCAAAAACUCACAAACUAUUGUAGAAAACACAGACAACCUCCUUGAAGAAAAUGAAUUGUUAGAUUAUAUUGUAAAGGUGGAAGAUGAAAACUUUCGAUGUCACCGUGUUAUUCUGGCAGCGUCCUCACAUUUCUUCAGAGCACUUUUUAGAUCAAAUAUGAAGGAAGAGAAAGAGGGUUGUGUAACUCUAAGUGGGAUGUCAGCUCCAACGUUUCAAUUUAUUUUAAAGUCUUUGUACACUGGAGAGGUUGAUUUAAGGUCGGACAAUUUUAUAGAAGUAUGGCAAGCAGCGGAUCAACUACAGGUAGAUUUUAUUGUGCAGAACUGCGAGGAUUUUGCUUGCGAAGUUAUCGCGCUUGAAAACUUUGAGGUCAUUUUUAAAACGGCCAAAAGUUUAAACUCCAAAAAAGUUUUAGAUAUUCGGAAAACAUUUCUGCUGGAAAAAUUCGAUGAAGUUAGUGGAACAGAUGUUUUAAUGGACCUUGAAUUCAAUGACUUCAAUGAGUUAAUUGGCUCCCAUGAUCUAAAGGUGAGUUCCGAGGACAUAGUUCUGUCGACGGUGAUGAAGUGGGUUGAGUAUUUUCCUGAAAACUGCUAUACUGAAAUAAACGAUGAAGCUUAUUCUGGUAUGAAUAACUUGCAACAUAAUUCUGCAAAUGGAAUUGGUCUCGAUGGUAUGCACGCUUCAGCCGGCACUAGAGUAAAGGCAAAUGAAAAUAAAAGAAUCGAACUAUUGACAACUCUGUUGAAGUCUGUGAGGACGUGUCUUGUAACCAGCCCACUCUUGAUGCAUUUUUUAAAACAUCGGCUAAUACUCGAUAAUACCGAGGCAAAAGAUAUAUUAGGAAAAGCUGUUUUGCAUACCACAACACAUAAACAAGGACAGUGGCCAACAGCAGCUAUACAUCGUGCCUGUAGUGAAUUUGAACACUGUGGUAUUGUGUGUAUUGAUAAUAGCACAAUUUACAUCGUAACUGCAGCUAGUGAAGAACUUUACAAGUGUGCAUCGAAUAAUAUUGUGAAUGCAGCAUUUGUUGUGUUCGACUCAGAUUUAUACAUGGUUGGAGCCGAAGACGAAUUCAAGGAAAACAGCACUCUCUUUGCUUUAAGCGACGGUUGUUGGAACAACAUAACUGAAAUAGAAGGUUGUCAGUUAAUUUUAAUUCCCUACGAGGAGUUUAUAUUUGCUUUGAACAAAGCGAAUAAUACAAUAUAUACAAUAACCAGGAAAAAGUUUAACACAGAAGUUGAAGAUUUUACCGAAUUACCUGAAAGUUUAAUUGUGAAACAUGCUUUAAUUUAUCAGAGAAAAAUUCUGAUUUUUUGUUCAGUAACCGUCAAUGGAGAAGAGAAAACACGCGUUCAUCAGCUGGACAUUCUAACCGAGGAAUUAACAGAAUUAGAACAGUUGAAUGGACCAGCAGAACAGAUAAUAAGUUUCAGUGAUGACAACAAUACUUACGUUUUACAAACCAAUGGAAAUUUGUGGUCUAUUUGUUUAUCAGGAAGCACAGUUUCUUUCAAAUAUGUGAUCAAAUUGUGGACAAUACAUAGGAAGCUACACGGAGCUCUUACUUAUAGACAAAAGCUGUUAAUUUUUGGACAGAACACAAACACUGAAUCCGACGAACAAAAACUACUGUAUCAAGUCAAAGGUUAUUUUAACAUCAUACGCUACUGGGGCCAUGAUAGCACGUGCUCAAAUUUUGUACCUAUAAUCCUUCCUAAAUCUGAAUUGGUGCCAUAUCAAAAGAAAUAGAAGGUGCUACUUGAUUUCAUUUUAUCCAUUCAUAUUAAAAACAUAUAUUCAUUAAAACAACUCGCAUGUAGUAUAUGAUGAAUCUAUGUGUCUAUUAUAUUCAGUGACUUAAAACAAAUGUUUUAUGAAAAUUAUUGAACAUACAAAGAAAGCUAUAUCUCUUCCUAAAACUAAAAUGCUACAAUAAAUUACAAAUAGGUGUUUCUGAAUUUCGUUUUAUUUAUUCAUAUAAAAAUAUAUAUUCGUUGAAGCAACUAACAUUCUAUUAAAUAUUAAAACUUCAUGUGUGAGAUUUAUCCAGUAAUUUAAGAUAUAU